AGACGGUGACACGCGGCAUGUUCUCAGACUGCCACGUCAGUUCACGGGUCAUGUCAUGACCCUAUGUAUAUAUUGUGCCUCCGUUUCUCUCUUCGUUCCAUCUUUUUACUUAGCUUGGUAUCCUGCUGCUGCUUCUUCUUCCUGAAAUCGGAUGGAGUUCAAUAAUGCUAGAAAAAAAGCUUUGGCAAGCUUUGUUGUUUUAGCUCUGAUGAUUAUGAUGGGUUUUGUAUCUCAGUCUUUGGCUUAUGAUUUCUAUGUUGGUGGAAAGAAUGGAUGGGUGCCUAAUCCUUCAGAUCCGUACAAUAAUUGGGCUGAGAGGAACAGGUUUCAAGUCAAUGACAAGCUAGUGUUCCACUACAAAAAGGGAGAAGACUCUGUCCUCCUCGUAAACAAACAAGACUACGACUCAUGCAACACAACCAAGCCCAUAAAAAAACUCGACGAUGGCCACUCCAUCUUCAAUCUCGACCGCUCCGGCCACUUCUUCUUCAUCAGCGGUGAUCACAACCGAUGCCAGAAUGGCGAGAAAUUGAUUGUUGCCGUAAUGGCAAUGAGCCACGGCAAAGGGAUUCCUCCGGCGUUGCCUUUCCCUCUGCCGCCGUCACUUUCCCCCUCAGGUUUGCCUUCAGGGAUUUCACCGGCUCCAUGCAAUGCAGUGUUCCACUACAAAAAGGGAGAAGACUCUGUCCUCCUCGUAAACAAACAAGACUACGACUCAUGCAACACAACCAAGCCCAUAAAAAAACUCGACGAUGGCCACUCCAUCUUCAAUCUCGACCGCUCCGGCCACUUCUUCUUCAUCAGCGGUGAUCACAACCGAUGCCAGAAUGGCGAGAAAUUGAUUGUUGCCGUAAUGGCAAUGAGCCACGGCAAAGGGAUUCCUCCGGCGUUGCCUUUCCCUCUGCCGCCGUCACUUUCCCCCUCAGGUUUGCCUUCAGGGAUUUCACCGGCUCCGUCCGUAUCGGAG